UGAGGAAUUUCAAAUCAAUAAUUCUUUAGAUAAUUUGAGAUGAAUUGUCAGCUGGUCUCAACCUUCACAAACUUUAGCAGGAAGCCGAUUUAAGUACAUCAGACUUUUGAAGAGCACAGAUUGAAACAUGAGGGGUGUUCUUAUAGCUUCAAUCUCUGUUGCCAUGGUAACUGUAGUACUAGGUUGCAUGAAAUCACAAUUAAAAGAUGUCCAGUAUGACAAAGAUUUGAUCGACAUUCUCUUUAAAUACUUUGACAAGGCUGAUCAGAAUGGUGACAAGAUCAUAGAUCGUGAAGAAAUUAAAGCAAUUUGGGCAGAGAAUGGUGAUGAAGAAAAGGCUCUUUUUGAAAUCAUUGAUGAAAAUGGUGAUGGAGUCAUUGAUGAGACUGAGCUUGCUGAAGCUGAGUUGAAGACAAACCUGAAAGAUGCAGUCAAUAUGGUCAAGCAAGAUAUAGAGGAACUCAAGCAAGAUGCACUCAAGCAAUAUGCAACCGAGCAAGAGGAAAUUGAGGAAGAAGUCAAUGAAAUAUUAGAGGAAGCAGGGUCUGGAUCCGCAUCAGAUUAAAUACACAACUGAAAAUAACUGUCACCAUGGCAACAUUCUUUUGCCUAGCAAUAGUGGGAACAUUUGAUUGAUUUUGUUCUCUGUACUGUUGU